UCUCAAUCUUCAGCUUAGUAUGGACCCCAGCAAAGCUGGAGAGUUUCGGCUAGCACUGAGGGACAGUAGCGGAAGCGGCCGUAGUGUGUUGCUGCAAAUAGUUCCCCACAUCCUCUGGAUGACCGACAGAAGCACACCGCAGCAGUAGCUCUAGAACAGCGCCGCACAGACUCCUUAACACUCACUGAGGAGCUGCGCCUGGAGCUUGCCCGGGCGAUCGAAGCAGGCGACAGCCAGGCUGCUGCUCAGCAUGCAUCUGCUCUGGCUCACCAGAAGGUGGCGCUCACCAUCCAACUGUCUGAGAAGAGUUACGCAGAAGGAGAGAUACGUUUGGCUGUGGCAGUGGAGGACAUUUCCUCUUCCUGUUGCGUCACAGUGAAAGUUUUCCCACACAUGACCGUCGCAGCACUCAAGCAGCAGGUGUUUCUGGAGUAUGGCUUCCACCCUCGCGUGCAGCGCUGGGUGAUAGGGCAGUGUUUGUGCACAGAGCCCAGGUCCCUGGCCUCGUAUGGAGUCCAGAGGGAUGGGGACAUGGCCUACCUCUACCUGAUCUCAGCCCGCCAUGCCUGCUGUUCCAGCAGGACCAGGAGGGCAUCCUCCUCACCCCACCUCUGCCUACCAGCAACGGGUCUACGUCCCAGGACUGGAGGGGCUACAGCACCCUGCCCUCCAGGCUCAGCCACAACUCCCAGGGGAGCACCGGACGUGAGGCUGACAGGCUGGGUAUGAGCGAGAUCAGAGGCCCUCAACUUGGAGACUCUGCAGAUCAACAAUAAACCUGAUCAACACUGCAAACCCAGUAAAACACAGAAAGAAUGGGUUUGUCCCUCCUGCACCUUUAUCAACAAUCCUUCCCGACCAGGCUGUGAGAUCUGCAGUACAGCCAGACCUGACUCGGGAGCACCGCCUCAUACAACAGGUACUGGAUCUAUUGCAUAGAGUAGACAGAACACAUCACCUGCAUUCUGAACUACAAUAUUGUCUUUAUUCCCUGUCUGUUUUAAAGGAGAAAGGAAGAAGAUUGGAGCAGGGGGAGAUUGGUGCAUUGAUCAGUUGACUGCCUCGCAACCUUUACCAUAGCCUGGAUGACUGA